UCGGGCAGCUCUAAUACUGGACAAAGCCCACCGGAAAUUAUCCGGCUUCACAUGUUUUCGUAAACAAUUUUCCCGAAAGUGAAAAAAUCGAGCUACAAUUUGUUUUGUAUUCCAUUUGAAAUAUCAGAGCAAUAAAUUGUCAGUAUGGGAGUCCCAGCAUUUUUUCGCUGGCUGAGUAGGAAGUAUCCGUCAAUUGUUGUGCACUGUGUGGAAGAUAAGCCAAAGGAAAUCAAUGGAGUGAAGGUUCCAGUGGAUACCAGCGCUAAGAAUCCGAAUGAUAUCGAGUUUGAUAAUCUCUACCUGGACAUGAAUGGUAUCAUUCACCCCUGCACUCACCCUGAGGACAAACCUGCCCCAAAGAAUGAGCAGGAGAUGAUGAUUCUGAUCUUUGAAUACAUAGACAGAAUCUUCUCUAUUGUGAGACCAAGGCGUGUGCUCUACAUGGCCAUUGAUGGAGUGGCUCCUAGAGCCAAGAUGAAUCAGCAGAGAAGCCGUCGUUUCAGAGCUUCAAAGGAAUCUGUAGAAUCUGCAGAGGCAAUAGCGCGAAUGAGGGAGGAAUUACAGUCGAAGGGGAUGGAAGUACCGCCAGAGAAACCCGCCUCUGAGAAGUUUGACAGUAACUGCAUCACUCCAGGUACCCCAUUCAUGUUCCGCCUGGCUGACUGCCUGCGAUUCUACAUCCAUGACCGCAUGAACAACGACCCUGGCUGGAAGGGCAUCAAGGUCAUCCUGUCGGAUGCUAAUGUGCCCGGUGAGGGAGAGCAUAAGAUCAUGGACUACAUCAGGAAACAGAGAGCCCAGCCUGAUCAUGACCCCAACACCAGCCACUGUCUUUGUGGAGCAGACGCCGAUUUGAUCAUGCUUGGUUUGGCUACCCAUGAGGUCAACUUCACCAUCAUCCGAGAGGAGUUCAAGCCUAAUAAACCCCGCCCAUGUGCCCUCUGUGGACAGAUAGGACAUGAGCUGAAAGACUGCCAAGGCCUUCCAAAGGAGAAAUUUGGUGAACAUGAUCAGCUGUCGGCCCCAAUUUUUGAAGAGACUCCUUUCAUUUUUUUGCGACUGAACGUGCUGCGGGAAUACCUCGAAAGAGAACUGCUCAUGAAUGGUCUCCCUUUUAAAUACAGCUUUGAACGUGCCUUGGACGACUGGGUUUUCAUGUGUUUCUUUGUUGGCAAUGACUUCCUCCCUCACUUGCCCUCACUGGAGAUCAGGGAAGGGGCCAUUGACAGGCUGGUGAAGCUGUACAAAAAUGCUGUCCGUAAAACAGGGGGUUAUUUAACAGACAGUGGGGUUGUGUCUCUGGAAAGAGUCCAGCUGAUCAUGCAAGACCUGGGAGAAGUUGAGGAUGAAAUUUUCAAAAAGCGCAGAACAGAUGACAUGGAGUUCAAGCGAAGGAAUAAGGAAAGACGCAGGAAAAACAGACGGAUUGAUGACAAGCCUCGCUAUGUGCCAGGAGGCCUACUGAAGCCUCAGGCCCUAGGGGGGUAUGGGCAGGGGGGUGGGGGACGGGGCGGUGGUCCUGGAAGGCCGGGGCUGGGAUCCACGGGUGCAGCCAUUCGUCAGGAAGCGUAUGAGCAUCGCAUGCAGAAGUUCUCCACAUCCAACAGUGAUAGGGACAUGGCCAACCUGGACGCUGCCCAGGCCCUCAAGGCAAUGAUGAACACCGAUGGUGAUGGGAGAGGGGAGAAAAGAAAAAGCAAAGAGGAUAGUGACAGUGAAUCUGAGCCUGAUGAUGAAGUCAAACUGUGGGAGGAUGGCUGGAAAGACAGAUACUACAAAAGCAAGUUUGAUGUGGAGAAGGAUGACAUUGCCUUCAGGCAUAAUGUGGCCAACCACUAUGUGCGCGGCCUUUGCUGGGUACUACGGUACUACUACCAGGGCUGUGCCUCGUGGAAGUGGUACUUCCCAUACCACUACGCACCGUUCGCUUCAGACUUUGUCAACGUUGGUUCACUUUCUAAUGCGUUUGAGAAGGACACAGAGCCUUUUAAGCCCCUGGAGCAGCUGAUGGGGGUGUUCCCUGCGGGCAGCAAGCAGCACGUCCCACCAACCUGGCAGGAGCUCAUGACUAACCCCCGGUCACCCAUCAUAGACUUCUACCCCGUCGAUUUCAAGAUCGACCUCAACGGCAAGAAGUAUGCUUGGCAGGGUGUGGCCCUGCUACCGUUUGUAGAUGAGACGCGUCUUUGGAAGGCAUUAGACACUGUAUAUCCAGAUCUCACUGAUGCAGAAUUAAAGCGGAAUAUCCGUGGUAAUGACCGCCUGUUUGUGAGCCAGUCUCAUGCGACACAUGCUUUCCUGGAAGCUAUUUAUGAGGGCGGGGCCAUGGAUAAAACUAAACUGGAGUUGAAUCCCAAGCAGACUCAAGGCAUGGCAGGCAAGGUCUGGGCAGACGAGUUUGUGAACCUUACAGGAGAGACAGUGCCAAGCCCGCUGCCACAGUUGACAGAUCUCCAGGACAACCGUGUUAUAAGUGUCCAGUUUGAGGACCCCCAGUAUGACCGGGACUUCCUGUUCCCAGCAGUCAUCCUGCCAGGGGCCAAGAUGACAGACCGGGUGUUGAAACCAGAGGACUUUGAUCGUUUCCAAAGAGGGGGUCAGUACAGGCCCCAGUUGGGGUUCCAGCCCAACAGUGGAUACAGGGGCCACAAGGACAUGGGGCCAGCCAACAGGAUGAUCAGGUCAAACAUAGCAUGUGAUGAAGAAUCAGUGUCAGGGGUAUCGGUCCCUCCUCCAUCGGGUGGAUAUGGGGGCUACCAGCAAAACAGAGGUGGUCGCGAUGGUUACAGCGGUGGUGGGGGCUAUGGUGGUGGAGGUUAUGGCGCUAGGCAGCAGUCUGGCUGGAUGCCUCCUGUAUUACCAAACAUCCAGUUUUAUGCUCAAAACAGCUAUGGUGGAAACAGUGGCUAUGGUGGCCAAAACAGAGGAGGCUACAGCAACAACAGUUACAAUAGUGCUGGUGGUGGGGCUGGUGGCUAUGGCAACCAGUCAGGAGGCUAUGGCAACCGCAACAUGCAGUCUCAGUCCAGUGGGUACAGCAACUAUGGUGCAUCAAACUACAAUCAGGGUUCCUAUGAUGGCCGCAGUAGUGGCGCCAGUUAUGGGGGCUCAUAUUCAACGUCGUCAUCAUCAUAUGGGGCUCAGCCAAGGGAUCGGCAGGAUAACAGGAAUAACACCUCGAAGUUUCCUCUUCCACCAAACUACAGAAGGUGAUGAUAAACUGGUUGGCAUAUAGUGGAAGUUAGAAGCAGUUCUGGUUAACAGCAAUACUAUGUUACCAGUCUGUCAUUGUGAUGGUUACCAGGAGGUGACCAAUGCCGGAGAGUGCACUCUUUAAAAUGAGGUUAUGCUAGUUUUUACAGAAGUCAAAUGUGCGCGUUGUAGCACUUACCUAUACAGAAUAUGGUUUGCUCGGACCUUGACACUGGAUAAAGCCUCAACUUUUUUUGGGGGGUAUAACCUCACUGUGAAUAGUUUUAUUGGCCCUUGACAUUUGAUUCAACUUGACAUUUCAUAAGAUUUUGACUUUAGUACAACAUUUUUUGUAUGACCUAGACAUUUUACUUACCUAUAUCAUGACUGGUUAACAAGCUACCAGUGUCUUUAAGUCUUCCAGUCGCAUUGUAUGGUCUGUAAAGAAGACAACACACAUCAUUACCCUGGGUUACUGAAGAGUAGCCGUCACUAUUAUUCCUAGAAGAUGAUUGUUAAUUUAAAGAAACGUUUAGUUCCUGGUGGACUAGGGUCUUGUAUCCAUCUGUGACGGGACUGAAGCACACAAAACAGACCAUUUUAUUAUGUUGAUUUAUAUAAUGAAAUUUCUAGUUUGUUGUUUAAGAAGUUGACAUGUAUUAAUUUUUAUUCUGUUGAUUUCAGUCUUGCAAUUAAUAUGUUUUAGGAGUAAACCGUUAUUAAUUUUUAUUGAUCUAGUAACUGGCCUAAUUUAUUAGGCUUUUCGGAUUUUCCCAACAUAUUAUUUUUUCUUGUAUAAAUAUCAUAGGAAGGGUCAUAAAUAAGCAGAUGAACGUUUUCAAAUACUAUAAUCUUUUCAUAAAUCACUCGAUCCGCAUUAAGUACGACAUUAACACAAUAUUUUUAGUGAAAAAUAAAGUUUUAACUAUUUGUUAUGUUCGUUUAUUUUAUGAAUCAAUUGUAUAUUUGUGACUAAAAUCCAAUUUUUUUUAGUACAUCUGUGACAGUUAACUCAAAAUUCGAAUUUUAAUUAAACCAGUAAAAGAAAUAGUAUGUUGUUUACAUUUUUCUUAUUAUUGCUAUAAAUACGUCAAUUUGUAACAUGAUAAUUGAAAAAUUGUAUUGUAUUACCAUAAAAUAUCCCUUGCAUGUACAUGUAAACAUGAAAAAAUCUUAGGUAAACAUUCAAUAUACAGUAUAAUUGCAUCAAAACUUAACCAGUUAUGGUACAAAAUUACCAUUUACGGGACACAAGAUAUAAUAGGCAAUUAUUUAAUAAACAUUAUUAAAUCUUUCAUGUUUCUUUAUCUUUUUUUUUCAUAUAAUGUGUUUAAAUACAAAAAAUAUCAAAUAUAAUCCGGAUAUAAAUAUGAAAAUCACAUUAAAACAUAAUUAAAAAAACCUGCGUUAUUUAUCUAUUUUGGAAAUUACGUUCAAGACAAUGGGCGAUCUUAUGUUCUGACAUCAAAUAUUACUCAAAUAUGACGUUAUUUAUCCGAAAAUAUUGUAUUGACUGGAAAUAAUGGGUAAAAGACAUUUUUGCUAGGUUUCGUGACUCGUAACUGCCUAACUGGUGGCUCGUAAAUGGUUUACAGAUACGAUCAAAUCGUAAAAAUGACGAAACAAAUCAUCUCAUUGUAAUAAAAGUUAUAUUUUCAUUUAAAUAUAACCCUCCUUUAAGUCCUUAACAUAAUUAUUCCUAGUAGUAAUACUAGUAUGUGUAUUUGUUCUUAAAUUGUAUUACUGUCUCGUAAAUGGUUUUUCAAUUAUUACGCUAUUUGUUUAGAUAUUUGACAUUUUAUUUUGAACUAAAGUACACAACUAUUAAACUGGUAAAGAAUAGUUUUAGCUUAAGUAUAUAAUAAAAUGUUUUUAAUUAAGACAUUUAAACAACAUUUUUUUACAAUCUCAUAUAUUUUAAUGAACUUUAAAACAAUGACUCGUAACUGGUUGCACUUUUGAAGACAUCCGUACAUUUAAAAAAAAUCCCAAAAAUAUUCACUUCUGUCAAAAAUCUAUUUCUUAUCAAGUAAAGACAACUUAUUUACAUAUGUUGAACAGCAAUCAACUUUUAAAAACUGACAUUUAUUUUUUAAAGAAGUACAUAUAACAACUGAACACAUUUUUUGGCGAAGACAUGCUUAUUAUGUCAACGUUUGAUAUCAAAGGGUUUUUAUGUAAAGUUUUAAUUGCAAAUAACCAUUCAUGUCAUAUAUUUUAUUUUCUGGUCAUUUACUUCUGUCUACAAAUGCAAAAUUACAUUAGCAAUUCAUAUAAAUAUUUUAUUAUAUGCUGCAUUAAAACCCGAAGACAUCAGUUGUCGCACAUAAGCCGGAUUCAAUCAAAUGAUCUAUCUCUUUUGUAUAAAGAAGUCAUUCAUUCUACAACUUUGUGAAUACAAUGUGAAAAUUAUUGUGCAUGAUGCAUGAUGAUUGUUAUAUUACGAUUAUGAUAUACAAUUAGCCAAGUGCAAAACAAAUUGAGUUAUUAACAUCAGAGAAAAUGAUCUUAAAGUCAUCAUAUCUCUUAAAUAUGUCUUUAAUUGUCAAAGCUAAAGUAAAAUCUGGCUUCUUAAGUGGAGAAGUAAAGGACUAGUAUACAAAUAUCAAUAGAGAAGAAAAUGUAUAACAUGGAUGAAAGUAUGAUCUGAAUAAAGAUUCCAAACAUUCAA